UUGGUUUGGUUUGGUUUGGUGUGGUGAAGUCUAAAUGUAUAGACCCCAUAAAGAAUAUCCUUCAUGCAAAGUUUAUGGAAUUAUAAUACGAAAAAGGGAUACCUUUAGCAAGUACAAUUUUGCGGUAAGGACUUUAUCAUCAUAACCACUAAUAUGGCCCAAUGCAUGCAAUAUAUAUACACUCUCACUCGUUGCUCUUAACCCUCAUCAAAAACUCUCAUAGCAUACAUUUCUUACCUCCCAAGAAACUCAAGAUAACCCUAAUUUCCUUCUCAAGAAACCUAAAAAUAAAAUCUUGAAGAACAGCAGAGCGAAUAUGAAGUCCGGUCAGGCUGAAAUCGUGGAAACAAGCAAAGGUAUCCAAAAGAGCGGUCUGAUGAGCAGAAGAAUUGCGAUUCUUGAGUUUAUCCUCAGGAUUGUUGCCUUCUUCAACACCAUAAGCAGUGCAAUCCUCAUGGCAACCACAAAUGAAACUCUGCCUUUCUUUACUCAAUUCAUACGGUUCCGUGCCGAGUACAACGAUCUUCCAGCCUUAUCGUUCUUUGUGGUUGCAAAUGCUGUUGUAAGUGGUUACCUCAUCUUAUCUCUAGCUUUGGCCUUCGUACACAUCGUCACGAGCAAGACACAGAACAGUAGAAUUGUUCUUAUCGUCCUUGAUGUGGCAAUGUUGGGUCUUCUAACUGCUGGAGCAUCCUCAGCAGCAGCCAUUGUCUACUUGGCACACAAUGGGAACAAUAAAACAAAUUGGUUUGCUAUUUGUCAACAGUUCAACUCCUUCUGUGAGCGUAUCUCUGGGUCUUUGAUUGGAUCUUUCAUCGCCGUCGUCCUCCUCAUUCUUCUCAUUCUCUUAUCAGCUAUUGCUUUGUCCCGACGCCAUUGAAGUUCUGGUCUUAACCUGAAAUAUGAGUUUUCUUUUCCCCUGAUUUAAGAAAUACAUGGUUUGGUGUGUAAAAAUGUGAACUUGAGUUUUCAGUCGUGUAUCCUCUGCAUUUCUGGUUUUUCUUUUCUCAUCAUUAUUGUGAUUUUCUAUGUGAUUUAUGUAAAUGGGUUACUUUAUCAAAAGUCGUGUUUAAUCAUCAGUUACCACAAUAUCUUAUUCUCCUUUUUGCGUUCUUUAAUCUCUGCUAAAUCCAAAAUCACGAAAUCAACUUUAUAGAUGACAAGACAAAAACCAGGUUUAUAACGUCAACAGGUAACCUAUAAGUUGCACAAUGAUUUUGGGAAGGGAUCAUCCUGAAGUUAGACUGAUCCUAUCAAAUGGGUUAAGCAUUCUCUUCGAACAUAAAAUGAUAUCAUGUUGCCUGUACCAGUUCAGAGGUAUAAGUUGAUAACUUGAAAACUCAGAGAACAAAAAAAGGAAAUAAUCUAUCAAAUUUAUCGACCAUAGCAGAAUAUUAUCCAAUCUUUGCAUAGGUAGGCAAUGAAGCGUUGGUUUUUUUACCUUAACUAAUCCGACCUCUUGAUUUUGACUCAGGUUCUGACGACAGUAAAUAUCGCAUCAUCAAUUUGUCAUCGUCCUCCUCGAUCAAGCUGUAUCCAGUCGGUUUCUUCACUCCGGUAUCAUCAAACAUCUUCCUUACUUUCUGCACCCCGUCCCACUCACCUGUUGAAGCAUAAAUGUUGGAGAGCAACACAUAAUCGCCACUCUCGUCCUUUCUCAAACUGAGCAGCUUCUCGUUUGCGUACUUCCCUAACUCGACAUUCCCAUAAAUCCUACAAGCACCUAAAAGCGUUCGCCACACAAUGGCGUUAGGCUCGAUCUCCAUCGAAUCAACGAACAUGAAUGCUUCUUGUAAUAGCCCUGCUCGCCCCAACAUGUCCACCAUACAGCCAUAAUGCUUUAUGUUUGGCUCAAUAUUAUACACAUUCUUCAUAAGGCUAAAAUAUCGACGCCCUUCAUCAACUCUCCCCGAGUGGCUACAAGCUAAGAUAACUCCAAUGAAAGUCACCUCAUUAGGCCAGACUUUCAACCUUUGCAUCUCUUCGAACGUUUCGAUCGAUCCCUCCGCAUGAUGCAAGGCCAAACCAACAAUCAAAGUAUUCCAAGAUGACAAGUCCCGUUCUUUCAUUCCUAAGAACACUUCAGUCGCGCUAUCUAUGCUUCCACACUUUGCAUACAUGUCGAUCAGAGCAUUCCAAACAGGAGUGCCCACGUAUAUGGAGCUUGAAGCCGAAGCAUUCUCCAAUACGUAGAGAUGGAUUCUCUUCCCAGUUUCUAAGUCUCCCAAGUCUGCACAAGCGGAUAACAAACUCAGUAUUGUAACCACAUCUGGGUGUUCACCAGCUUCCCUCAUCUCCUUGAAUACAGUCAGUGCCUCCUUAGGGUACCCACAAUUCACGUAUCCCGAGAUCAUCGCGUUCCAAGUCACAACAUCUUUCUCUGUAAACUUAUGAAAGAGCUCUCUCGCUGUAUCCAUCUCCUUACAUUUCAGACAACCAGUGAUCAUCACGUUCCAAGCUACCUGAUCUUUCUCUGGCAUUUCAUCGAAAAGCCUCAUCGCCUCAUCUAUCUUCCCUCUCUUAGCAUACCCAGAAGUCAUAGAAGACCAAGCAACCUUGUGAGCUUUCGCAGAAUCAUCAAAAAGCUCUCUUGCAAUUCCCAGAUCCCCACAAUUAGCAUGGAAAAGAAUCAGAGCGUUCUUAACAUACUCAUUCGACACGAACCCAUGUCUCACCACUUUCCCAUGAACCGCGAAACCAUUGUGUUUCCACUCUAGCUUCGAACACGCCUUGAGAACGAACGUAAACGUAUACCUAUCAGGCCUCACGCCUCGCUUCUCCAUCUCCGUAUACAAAGCAACCGUUUUUCCAGGUUUCAUGCUCUGAGCAGAGCCGCGCAACACAUGGUUGCAAAUGGAUACGUCUGGUUUAGGAAUUCCGUCGAACAGCUUGUGGGCGUAUUUAAGCGCACCCGGAACCGACAGAGAAGCCGAGUAAAUAAGCUCUCCGACGACGGAAAGGUUAGACAUGAGUCCAUUAACGACCAUAAAAGCGUGAAUUUGCUUCAAAGAUCGGAAAUUUGUGCAGUUCUGCCAUAGUUUUGGACGGCGGCGAUUAGCGGCUCGGUCGUUCGUUUGCUUCCUGUUCAUCGCGUUUCCAUACUCCCCCUUUUGGUUCAAUUGUGUGGACUUUCGGUAUUCAUAUGUGAUUUCCGGUUUAGUCAAACCGAACCGGUAUUAAAAAAAAUCAGCUAAUGUACUAACUAUUCGGGUUUUUGUUUGUGAAGAAGAAGAAAACACAAUGUUGCUGCUGCUGCAAAAUUACAUACACAGUACAGGAGCUGUUGAUUCGCCCUUACGGAAAUUAAAAAGACAGUUAAAUCUCGUACCUUAGCUGCUCUUGUUGGUGGUGAAACACUUAUGUCUGAUUUCUCAGUUAGUCUGGUUUUUCUUCUUUUCUUGGUCCGAGAUGUCUCAGUUGUUUCAUUACUCCUUUGAAGGAGAUUUGUAGCAUCAAAUGUGGGAAGUCGUGGAUCGAUAGAAUCUCGACAAGUGGCAUCAUUUAUGACGGCUAUAUUGAAAGUAUGUUAGGACCAUACAGAGUGUGGAAGCUGGCAAUAUGGAGUCAGCAAGACAUUUAUAGAGCUUUGUCCCCAUUGUCCUUUACAUCAUUUGCAGCCAAUAUGAUUUUCUUUUGAUCCAUGUCCUCUUCUUCUUUCUCUCUUCUUCAGCUUUCAUAUUCGCAUUUAUACAUUUUCGGUUUUUAUUUUUCUUUAUAAAACCGAUUUCUUUUUGUAUUUACUUGCUCAAAUCUUUAUGAUUUUGUCUUAUCGUUCUGUGAUUCGAUGAAGAUACUUCUUCUACCCCACAAGCUUGGAGCCCACCUCAAUAAAUCCAUCUCUCAUGGCCUCAUGGAACACAUUAAGCUACUUUUCCUUGUUUGGUCUUGUAAAAUCUCUUUAAUGUCACCGUUCUCCUUCAUAAAUCAUCUACCUUUCUUGGCAGCAUAAUUUACCUCGCCGAUAUCAUUUGUACCAUAACCAUAAAGAUCAAAUCAAGAUCAUUGGACAAGGGAAGUCAUUUCAGCAAGAACAAGAAGUACUUAAUUUCUCUUCAACCAGAAAAUGCUUCCUAAAUCAUUUUUAAGGUUAGAGAGUUUUCUUUAAGUAUAGUCCCAUGUGUUGUGGAAGAUACAUAUAUAUAUAUAUAUAUAUAUAUAUAUAUCUCAAACCUCGACUGUAUUUAAAAUUUUAAACUAAGACUAUCAUUGUAUAGGCUAGAAAUGAUUAUCUUAGUGCAUUCCUAAUAUAGUGUUGCGUGUGAGUUUUACUGCAAUCAUAAUUAAUGUUGCUAAUCGUUUGCUUACACAGAUUAAAAUUUUACCAUUUUCAGAGAAAAGAAACAAUUGAGUAAAGAAGAAAGUCUUUGCAUAAUUAAUUUACAUGCAUUCACUACUAAAGAUAGCUCCUACUCUGUGCUCUAUCUCUCUCUCAUUGAUUUGCUAUUGUAGUGUCAGUUUCCUCUUAGUCACCGCCUUUUUAACAGCAUUUACUAUCUACUCUUUUUUAGUAAAGGCUAAUGAGAGAAGAAGAUAAUGUGAAAAAGAAACCAAUUUGUACAUAAUGUAGUGUGACUUAAUAAGGAUUACUAGUUAUAGUACUAUUAUACAUAGAGAGAAAAAACAAUGAACAACGUUGUGGACUUUUAAGAUAGCCUUAUUAGACUACCUGUAAAAGUAACCUGAGGGUAGCUACAAGAAACCAAAGGCAUUUUUCUUCAACCAUAGUGUAAAAAUAGGUUGUUGAAACUUUAGUCUUUUUUAAUCAACCGUUUACAUAUGCGCAAGUUCAAUGAGUAAGAACGAUGGUGACAAUUUGGAUGACAGGAUUAGAGUACUAGAAUAGGAUAGCUGAACGAGAAAAAAAAUGUAAAAUCCAAUAAAUUUGAGAGAAUUGAUUGAGUUGUGGACUUGUGAUCCAUACACUAACUUGCAAGAUAAAGCAAGUGAGGUCUAUAACAUAGACCAUGACCUGAAUUUACUUCUAGCACAGGAAAAUAACCGCUUUGAUCCUGUGAUAUGGAAAAGUCACAGUGGCAGGUAAUAAAAGAUCACCGCUUUUUUGGCUUGUGUGUGUCCUCUCUCUCUCUCCCUCUCUCUCUUUCUCUCAGAGAUAUUUAGAGAGGGGACUUGUUUUCCAGGUCUUUGAGCUACAAGGUUAAUAAGUUCUCGAGACCCCAUUGUUAAUAAAUGUUCAUCCAUGUGAGAGAGCCGGGAAAAAGGGAAUUCAUUUCUUGUGUGUGUGUGUGUGUCUUUCUCUCUCUUCUAUAUAUCAUCCUUCAUCACUCAGAUAUGCUUCACUUGUAACAUUUCUACAACUGUAGCUCAAAAAGACAUUCCUUUGUGGUCUUAUGAUCAUGAUCAUGAUCAUGAUCAUUUGAUGAAUGAGAUAUCUCUUAUUACCUUCUUCUUCUUUGUUCUGUAAUAAGGUUUAGAGGGUUUUUGGUGUUUUUUGGGAAUAAAAUGGGUAGAUCACCGUGCUGCGACAAGUUGGGUUUAAAGAAAGGACCUUGGACACCAGAAGAAGAUCAGAAACUCUUGGCUUAUAUUGAAGAACAUGGCCAUGGAAGUUGGCGUUCUUUGCCUGAGAAAGCUGGUCUCCAUCGAUGCGGGAAAAGUUGCAGACUCCGAUGGACUAACUACCUAAGACCUGACAUCAAAAGAGGCAAAUUCAACUUGCAAGAAGAACAAACCAUUAUUCAACUCCAUGCUCUCUUAGGAAACAGGUGGUCGGCGAUUGCGACUCAUUUGCCAAAGAGAACAGACAACGAGAUCAAGAACUACUGGAACACGCAUUUGAAGAAACGGUUGGUUAAAAUGGGGAUUGAUCCAGUGACUCAUAAACCCAAAAACGAGACUCCUUUAUCCUCUCUUGGUCUAUCCAAGAACGCAGCCACACUUAGCCACAUGGCUCAAUGGGAAAGUGCUCGGCUUGAAGCUGAAGCAAGGCUUGCUAGAGAAUCAAAGCUUCUUCAUUACCAAAGCAAAGCAUCGUCUCAACAUCUUCAUGGAUUCACUCACAAGGCAUUGUUAACCAACUGGACGACAAAAUCAAACGAAGAUCAUCAACAACAGCUCGAAUCUCCGACAUCUACAGUGUCGUUCUCGGAGAUGAAGGAAUCGUCAACCGGAGGAGUUCCGGCGAAGAUAGAGUUCGUGGGAUCAUCAACGGGUCUGACUCUGAUCAAAGAACCCGAAAACGAUUGGAUUAACUCAACGAUCCACGAGUUCGCAGCCACGCAGAUGGGGGAAGGAAUCGAUGAAGGGUUCACGGAUCUCUUGCUCGGCGGCGAUUCACUAGGUCAGAGUUUCUCCGGCGAUAAAAACGAGACGGCCGGCGAGAGUAGUGGUGGUGACUGCAACGACUACUACGAGGACAACAAGAAUUAUUUGGACAGCAUUUUCAGCUUUGUGGAUCCUUCGCCGUCCGAUUCACCACCGAUGUUCUAAAUCAAGGGUCCAUAUUUCUUGGGAAUGCCUUUGAUUCUUUUAGUUUCUAGUUUUUUUGUGUGUGGGUGUAAACACAUCAGAUUAGAUAAUUUUAGACUAAUCAGAUUUUUGCUAUCUUUUUUUUUUCUUCUUAAAUUUCUGUUUCGCUAUUAUCAUUUUAUGGUAUUUGGAUGAAUAUUCCAUGAAACCUUUUUUAAAAUAACCUUGGUAAAUUUAAGAGGUCUUUCUAAGCUUUCUAAAUUAGCU